AUGCCGGCACCUGAAGCGUCGCUGCCAGCCGACGGCGCAGCAGCAGGCUGCGGGGGCUCGGCGGCGCCGCCGCCCCACCUGGCGGAAUGCAUAUACCUCGAUUACAAUGCCACGACGCCCAUUCUACCAGAGGUCCAGGCAGCAAUGUUACCAUUCACGCUGGAGCAGGUCAAUAUCAACCAAUCCACCCUAAACACCACCACCCAGUUUGGCAACCCCAGCAGCUCCCACGCCUACGGCCGCCCCGCCGCAGCCGCCGUCGCCGCCGCGCGCGCGUCCGUCGCGCGGCUGAUCCACUGCGCCCCCGACGAGGUCUAUUUCACCUCAUGCGGCACUGAAAGCGACGCAUGGGCCGUUUGGGGCGCGACGGCGGCGCGGCGCGCCGAGCUGGCGGCCGCUGGGAAGCUGCCGCAUGUGGUGACGUCGGCGGUGGAGCACCCGGCGGUUUUGGUCUACCUGCAGGCGCUCGCAGAUGAGGGGUUACUCACGUACACCGCUGUGGGUGUCGACGCGGAGGGGCUGGUCGACCCUGCAGCAGUCCAAGCGGCUCUGCGGCCCGAGACGGCGCUCGUCACCAUCAUGCACUCGAACAACGAGGUGGGCGCGAUCCAGCCGAUCCAGGAAAUCGCAGAGGCGAUCUCGGGCAGCGGCGCCCUCUUCCACUCCGACGCCGCGCAGUCCAUCGGCAAGGCGCGAGUGGACGUUGAUGUGCGGCGGCUGGGGGUUGACCUGCUGACUGUGGUGGGACACAAGUUCGGCGCCCCAAAGGGCGUGGCCGCGCUCUUUAUUCGGCGCGGCGUCCACCUCCCAAGCCUGCUGCACGGCGGCGGCCAGGAGCGCGGCGCGCGCGCGGGCACGGAGUCGACGCUGCUGAUCGCUGGGCUCGGCGCCGCGGCCGAGGCGGCGGCGCGGGACCUGCCUGCCGUCGCCACUCACAUGCGCGCCACGCGGGACGCGCUGCAAAUCGCGCUGCUCUCGGCCUUCAAGGGGACUGCGGAAGGGGGGCACGGCGGCGCCGGCGGUACGCGGGUGCGGGUCAACGGCCCGGCGGACGGGCGGCGGCGGCUGCCCAAUACGCUGAGCAUUUCGGUGGCCGGCUUGCGGGCCGGGAAGCUGCUGGCUGAGCUGGCAGACCGCCUGGCGGCGUCCGGGGCCGCGGCUUGCCACAGCGGGUCCGGGGACGCGGGUGCAGCAUCGCCGGUGCUGAGAGCGAUGGGUGUGCCCCCCGAGUUUGCGGCGGGCACGCUUCGGCUGUCGACGGGGCGGUAUACCACGUUGCAGGAGGUGGCGCGCGCGGCGGCGCUGAUUUUAAGAGCGGUGGCGGCGCAGGGCGCAUUGGUGAUAGGCGGCGACACAGCUGAUUGA